UGCUAGUGGCUGUGGACACCUUCAGAUCCACAGCCCCUCACAGGAGCAGCCAGCAAAGGGGAAGCAGCUAGCACCACUAUUAUUCUUCCUUGCCCAUCUCUGUGGAAACAAGCUCUGAGAGGAGUCAGGAUUGCCUCACCAUGGAGCAGCUGAGCUUGGCCAACACCCGGUUCGCAGUGGACCUCUUCCGCACCCUGAAGGACAGCAACCCCUCUGGGAACAUCUUCAUCUCCCCCGUGAGCAUUUCCUCAGCGCUGGCCAUGGUCUUCCUGGGGGCCAGAGGCACUACCGAGGCACAGAUGUCCAAGACUCUUCACUUCGAUGCAGUUAAGGAGAUUCAUUCAAGUUUUCAGAGUCUGAAUGCUGAUAUCAACAAGCGCGGAGCUCCCUAUAUUCUGAAACUUGCUAAUAGGUUGUAUGGAGAGAAAACCAAUGAGUUCCUCCCGGAGUUCUUAGCUUCAACCCAGAAAAUGUAUGGUGCUGAACUGGCCAGUGUAGAUUUUCAGCGAGCCUCUGAAGAUGCAAGAAAGGUGAUAAACGAGUGGGUCAAAGGGCAGACUGAAGGGAAAAUUCCAGAAUUGUUGGCUGCAGGCGACGUUAAUAAUAUGACUAAACUUGUGCUAGUUAAUGCCAUCUAUUUCAAAGGAAACUGGCAGGAGAAAUUCAGUAAAGAGGCCACAAAUGAUACUCCUUUCAGAUUGAAUAAGAAAGACACAAAAACAGUGAAAAUGAUGUAUCAGAAGAGCAAAUUUCCAUUUGGCUACAUCGAGGACCUUAAGUGCCGGGUGCUGGAGCUGCCUUACCAAGGCAGGGACCUCAGCAUGGUCAUCCUGCUGCCAGAUGACAUCGAGGACGAGGCCACAGGUCUGAAGAAGAUCGAAGAACAAUUGACCCUGGAAAAACUGCAUGAGUGGACCAAACCUGAGAAUCUGAGAUCCUUUGAAGUCAACGUCCACCUGCCCAAGUUCAAGCUGGAAGAGAGCUACAACCUCAACUCUCACCUGAAAAGCCUGGGUAUAGAGGAUCUCUUUAGUAGCAAGGCUGAUCUUUCUGGCAUGUCAAGAGCCAGAGAUCUUUUUAUAUCAGAAAUUAUCCACAAGUCAUUUGUAGAAGUUAAUGAGGAGGGCACAGAGGCAGCGGCUGCCACAGCCGUAAUAGGAUUUGGUUGCGCGCUUAUGCCAGAGGAAAAUUUUGUGGCCGACCAUCCAUUCAUUUUUUUUAUUCGACACAAUCCCUCAACUAACAUCCUGUUCUUAGGCAGACUUUCUUCCCCUUAGAGACUGUGGAAAUCCAAGGUCGAGCUCAGAGCUGUAUCACUGGCCCUUUCAAAGAUAUAUGAAAAUUAUAUAUCUUCUACAAUAAAGCUACCACCCCAAAAGAAAUCUGUAACUUCCUUUGUAAUGUCAGCUCUGUUGGCUGCUUACACCCAUUAACUUUGGUAUAGGUAUCUAUUUUCCUUUCUUUAUAUUGAAAAAUGUAGUGAUUGCUUUUGAAUGCACCAAGCAGAUAUGUAGACUCUUGACAGUGUAGUAAACUAAGAAACUGCUGUACUCUCUUGAUAGCCAUGAGAAAAAUUACAGUACUGUAAUUUUUUUCACAGAUAGACUUCUGGAAGGAAUCAUAGAGAGACUGUCAUUGCUGAAGGGAGGCUUAAAAACAGACAUUCAAUUGAAAUAUAGGAGAGCAGCCCAAUUAAGGGUUGGAUUAUGAAGAUAAAUUUGCCUUGGCCAGUGUUUCUGAUCCUUUGUUCUACAGGAUUUGAGUUCUGUUAUAGCCCCUCUGAUUUCAAAUGAUUAAAGAGCUUCUUUUCCUUUA